CCUAUUUCCUCUCAUUUCUUUUGAUUCCGGACUCUCUUCAUCCGUUGCCUUUUCCGGUCUAACUUUCUUACCUCUCAUCUUCUGCAGCCUGUGCAGAGGGAGUUGUGACCUAUACCUUAUUCCCUACGUACUGCAUACUACUUACAGUUUGCUCCCCGCUGGAGGUGGUGGGGUUUCCUGACGACACUCCCAAUAACUACUAAAUACCCGCACCACUCAAUCACUCCAUCAACCACUCAUUCACUCACUCCUCCAUCUCCGUUGUCCACCCCAACUCACCUCAAAUCAAUCCAACUUAAUCCCCCCCCCCUCCGCCCACCCUCGCCUGCUCCUUCAUCUUCUUCUUUUCUUUUCUCUCUCUCAACUUACCUUUCUGCCUACAUUUCCUGUUUCAUCCGAUUCACAAUCGAUCACAUCGAAAACACAAGCAUUCACAAUGAAUCCCCAUCAGCAGAAUAAGAUCGAUACCAGCUCGCUGAGCCCCGAUGAGCAACGCUUGCUGCGUCUCUACGGCAAGAUGCCCAACAAGAAAGAUCUCCUGCAGAACAAGCUGAAGGAGCGGAAAUACUUCGACUCCGGCGAUUACGCCCUCAGCAAAGCCGGCAAGGCCUCAGACGUCGGCGUCACCAACAUCGGCUCCCAACACCCCGUUCCCGAGAACAUCCCUCACCUGACUGCGACCUCCCCCGGCGCCAACAACCCCGGCGCUGCCGGCAAUGGGGGCAGCAUCAGCGCCCAGGGCGGCCAGCAGGUCCCCGGUAGCAUCAGCGGCCAUCCCGGCUCCAUCGGAUUCCAGAGCCGCAGCCCCGUUAAGGAGGCCAGCUUCCUGCAACGGGGCACCAGCGUCGAUGAGGCCGACGGAAACAACCUCGAUGCAGUCGCAUCCCAGGAUCCCACCGAUGCCGGCAGCGUGAGCCCACCUCCCGCUCGAGGUGGUGUUCCCAUCCGUCAAUAAAUGAUCUCUCCCCCCCC